CUAAUUCAAAAGGUUUUGGUUAACUGACGUAUUAUUUUGAUUUGUCUGCACAAUUUUGAUUUCAAAUCGAAUAAUCUUUGCUUAACCUAUAACCGAUUCAACAUGCCAACAUUGAUCAUUCGAACGAAUGUGGCUGGUUCGAAAGUUCCGGCUAAUUUUACAAAAGAUAUGGUCAAAAUCGUUGCACAAACAUUAGGCAAACCAGAAAGCUAUGUGGUUGUCAUGGUACAUAGUGAUGCCAAUCUGAAUUGGGGUGGGGUCGAAGAACCAGCAGCCGUUUGUACUCUAUCGAGCAUUGGUAAAAUUUCUCGCGAUGAGAAUAAAAAAUCUUCGGCUGUCAUUCAAAAAGCAAUUGAAUCUAAACUUGGAAUAUCAACAUCCCGUCAAUAUCUAGUGUUUGAGGAUUUGAAAAAAGAAAAUGUUGGCUACCAAUCGACUACAUUCGAUGAUUUGAUCUAGUUUGUCAAGUUUUAUUCAAUAUCAAGUUUUAUUAUUAUCAUGAAAUGAUAAAUUGAUAAAAUUUAAUUAAAUACACGUAAUUCAAUGUUCA